AUGUGUCUUCACUUGCCGAUUUUGCAACUGAAACUGUGGUUGAGGAAUCAGAGCAGCGUAGACCAGGUGUCUGAGUUCAUCUUAAUUGGCUUCCAUCUUCCUAGGCCAUUGGAGGUAUUUUUUUCUGUGGUGUUGCUUCUUGUUUUCCUGUUAACGCUAGCUGGGAAUUUCACCAUCAUCACACUGGUAUGUCUGGACCAGCGCCUCCAAACCCCCAUGUACUUUUUCCUUUGCAACCUCUCCCUCCUGGAGGUCCUCUUUGUCUUGUCAAUCACCCCCAAGAUGCUGGUGAACCUCCUUUCCAUGAACAAAGCCAUCUCUUUCUUGGGCUGUGUGUCUCAGUGCUAUUUCUACUUCUUUCUUGGAACCACGGAAACCAUCCUUAUUGCUGUGAUGGCCUUUGAUCGCUAUGCUGCCAUCUGCAAACCUCUUCGCUAUACCAUCAUCAUGAAUGGUUGGGUCUGCAUCAAUUUGGUCUUGGGUUGCUGGAUUGGUGGUUUCCUCUCUACACUUGGCCCCAUCAUUUUGCUCUUCAACCUAUCCUUCUGUGGCUCUAACACUAUAGACCAUUUCUUCUGUGACUAUGCCCCAAUGAUAAAGCUUUCUUGCAAUGAUGUACAUUUCCAAUUGGCUCUGGAGAAUGUCUUGUCCUCAGUGGUGCUCCUGAGCUCUUUGUUUGUCACUGUCGUCUCUUACAUCUAUGUCAUUGUCACCAUCUUGCGCAUGCACUCUGCCAAAGGUCGACAAAAGACAUUUUCCACCUGUGCUGCUCAUAUCACUGUUGCCUCCAUCUUUUUUGGCAGUGCAAUUUUCAUGUACUCUUUACCUAGCCAAGGAUUUUCUCGGCAGAUACAGAAGGUAGUUGCAGUUUUUACUGCCAUUGUAACACCGUUACUAAACCCUUUUAUUUAUAGUCUAAGGAAUGAGAAGGUCAAGGAGGCCUUCAAAGACUGUCUGAGGAAGUGGGCAUUCUCACAAUGA